AUGGCGUCGCGUUUCUGGCUCUAUCUCUUGGUGUUGGUCUGCUUGACUUCUACAUCCGCGGCUGCCGUACAUUUCAAGAGUUGGUAUGGACAGUUCCGGCAGGUUUUUGAGCAUAUCAUGGAGAAUGACUGCCAGAAGGAGUAUCAAACUUACUUACAGAAGGUCGCCCCUAAAGACUAUUUGAGCGAAUACGUCACGCCUGUUAUCGACUGUAUCUUGGAGAAUUUAAAUGAAACGCGCAAGUCCAACAUGGCGGCUGCCGCAGUCUUGCUGGGUCUAUUACCGACAACUCUGGGCCUCGUUGGCUCUACCACGGUAGAAGUCGGCCUGGUGGCUCUACGGCGGCCCUUCCUCGCCUUCCUGCUCGCAGCUGGAGCACCAGCCGUUUCGCCAAUCCGCACAUUUGAUUACAUUGAUACCACAGAGCUUUUGGAAAGAAAACCCAAGACCAUCAGAAUAAAGCAGAUGGGCCGACCAAUGGCUUCGGCCUACGAGGUCUGCGUUCGUACAAUUUGUUCCUUCGCCCCCGAGACGGCAUAUCUCCCAGCCCUGUGGGCGUUUCUGACGGUUGCCGUGCACUUCUUCGGCACUUGGUCAGUCUAUUGUCGAACCAGGAUCACCACCAAGGCUGAUGGGAAGACACCAGCGGGACUCUGGCAGGUACUGUGCGCAGAAUUCACGCCUUCGGCUUCACGACAAGGGGCCAACCUGGAGAUCAAGGAAGAGACCUAUCUCUACAUUUUCCUCUCCUGGUUCACAGCCACGGGCACCGUCCUGCACAUUGUCUACGGGACGCUGGUCUUUUCAAGCCUCAUAUUCAUAUCCACCAGCGAUGCCACGACUGUGGUCGCGCGGUAUCUGUCGUCAACGCUCGUCUGCCGGGCGAUAGUGAUGUUCGAGCUGAGUGGACUGAGAGAGGUGCUGAGUGAGCGGAGAAAAGGCUCUCACAGUGGACCGGAGCUCAUCCCGAUGGAACCAACUCCCGGCACCAUGUCAUUUGGUGACCGACUUGGCGCUCCUUGGAAAUGGGGGCCUUUGAGCCGUACAGACGAGUGGCAGUUGCUACGCGGGUCAGACAGGCUUGCGGAAGCGUGA